AAGUCUCAUUACGAAGUUCUGCUUGAGAAGGCAUAGCAAGUUGAUCCUGAGACUUUGCACUUUUAUCCAUAUAAAUCAUGGAACUCGGUUCGUUAAUUCUGCUCGUGAAAAUAGAAUUUCCUAUUUGACAAGAGUGGGCUGACUCUUGUACAAAAACUGCCAGCAAGGAUCAAGCAAUCGUCAUACGUUUUCCUGUGUGCGCUUCAAUUAGUCGAUUUACCAACUCUACGGAUAAUCAUGAAAAAUUCGUUUAAUACUAUUACGUUGUUAUUAUGUCUUUUACAUUUUUCUAUCUCGAAGGAGAACGUUAAUAGAAAAGUAAAAAGUUCAAGAACUCAUAGUAAUAGUAAAUUUGGAAAAUAUCCAAGUGGAGGAUUAAUCUCUUUCGAUUCAGAUCAAGAGAAACUCAGUAUUGAUUGGGCAGUAACUAUUCCCUUUAUUUCGAUACCUUUUGAACAUAAAAUAAGGGAGAACGGUGAAAUUCCGCCAUUGCUCAAUGUUAACACGAAAUCCCUUGGAAUCGUUGGAUUAAUUACCACUCUGUUUAGCGUAGCUUCUCCAUUAUUCUCAAAACCGCAUCCAGAAUUCAAUUAUCGAUCAAUGGAUAAUGACCAAUGGUUAGAAAUGGGAAACACUAUCAACGAAAUGAUUUUUGGCAACAAUUACGUGGCUCCAUGUAUGCAACGUAUUGUUUGUUCGAUCGUUUCAGUGGCUACGCAUUCAGAGAAUCCAACUAGUGCGGACAAAAUAAUUGAUGGAUUAUCAAGUCAUAAUUGGUUCAAAGACAUCACAAAUGGUACAAUCAUUCAAGAUGCUGUGAUUACUGGACGGAAAGGAAAUCGUGAUUGUGCUUAUGCUUAUAAGGAGUGUUUAAUAACACCAAAGUUUCUAAAAACUAUCAUGAACGAAUUUGGAAUAGUAUAACGAUGUAAGAUAUAUUUUA